AUGAGUAUGCAAGUAGCGAGUGAGCGAAUGAGUGAGUUUUUUAGAAAGGGGAAACCCUUUUUUGCAGUCAUUUUUUUGCAAUUCGGGUUUGCAGGAAUGAGUGUUCUUUCUAAAGUUGCUCUAAAUGAAGGAAUGAGUAACUAUGUAUUCGUCGUUUAUCGCCAUGUUGUUGCCACCAUUGUCAUAGCCCCGUUCGCCCUUGUUCUAGACAAGAAAAUAAGGCCGAAGAUGACCAAAUCGAUUUUUAUGAAGCUUAUGUUGCUUGCACUGUUGGAGCCAGUUAUAGAUCAGAAUCUGUUUUUUCUAGGAAUGAAAGCUACAACAGCAACAUUUGCAGUUUCAAUGUCCAAUGUUCUUCCUGCUAUAACUUUUGUCCUUGCAUGCAUUCUAAGGCUAGAGGUGGUCAACCUAAAGAGUAUUCGCAGCCAAGCGAAAGUGGUUGGAACAAUUACAACGAUUGCAGGAGCCAUGGUUAUGACACUGGUUAAAGGCCCGGUUUUAGAGCUAUUUUGGACAAAAGGACGACAUAGCGGAAAUGUAACAAACAAUGGGGUAGAUUUGCAUCAUUCUCUAAAGGGUGCUAUUAUGAUCACAAUUGGAAUUUUUAGUUGGGCUUGCUUCAUGGUUUUACAAGCAAUUACACUAAAGUCUUAUCCGGUUGCGCUAUCAUUAACCGCUUGGAUUUGCUUCUUGGGCUCAAUUGAGGGAUCAAUAGUAGCAUUAGUAAUGGAGAGAGGGAAUUAUGCGGUUUGGGCUAUUAAGUGGGAUACCACUCUUCUAGCAACGCUCUAUAGUGGCAUAAUAUGUUCGGGUCUUGCGUAUUACAUCCAAGGGAUUAUAAUGAAAGAUAGGGGUCCUGUUUUCGUGACGGCAUUCAGUCCGUUGAGUAUGAUAAUUGUAGCUGUUAUGGGCUCUAUUAUUCUAGCAGAGCAAACAUAUCUAGGAAGGGUUCUUGGAGCUAUUGUCAUAGUUGCGGGGCUUUAUAUGGUUGUGUGGGGUAAAAGCAAGGAUAAAGAGCUUCCGACUGACGGUAAAGUGGCACCAGAAGAACAAAUAUUGGAUAAAGAAUCUGAACAAAAUGAUUGUCACAAGAUUAUUACUAUCAUCAAAUCAGCAGAUGGAGUAUGUGAUAAAGAUAAUCAGACAGUUGAUGUAUGCGUAACGGUAGUUGUAGAGCCAAGCACUCCAUCAAUCGGUUAA